UCCGUUGAGCCCUGAAAAAUGGGGUGGUGGUUGCAUUAUCUUCGUUGCUAUGCGACAUAAUGCGCGCCUUUACAGUGUCAGUUAGCUUCAAUUAUCCCUCUUGUCUUUUACUUCACCCUUCUUCUUCUUCUUCUUCUUCUUCUACCGCUACUACUUUUACAGAUCCCUCAAUUUUUCCUUCUAAAUUAAUCACCUCCCAAACUUCUCUUAGUUACCUAAUUCUUUCUAAGUCCAGAAUCUGUUCCAAUUCUGAUUCCGUUUCAUUUGACGACGACAACGAUGAUUUUGAUGAAUUUGACGAUGAUGAUAGUUACACAUCGGUCGAUGAGGACUCCGAUUCAAACGAUGUAUUUAUUCAGAUAAAGAAGCUUGGGACGAAUUCCAGAAGAAUUCGGUCCAAAAUUUCUAUAAACGCCACCCUCGAAACUAUUUGGAAUAUAUUGACUGAUUAUGAGAAAUUGGCUGAUUUUAUCCCUGGUCUAGCUGUUAGUAAAUUACUCGAUAAGAAAGAAAAUUUCGCUCGUCUUUAUCAGAUUGGACAGCAGGACUUGGCGUUGGGGCUGAAAUUCAAUGCCAAGGCAAUUUUGGAUUGUUUUGAAAAAGAGGUUGAGAUUUUUGGUUAUGGGAAAAGGCGUGAUAUUGAGUUUAAGAUGACUGAGGGUGACUUCCAACUUUUUGAAGGGAAGUGGUCGAUUGAGCAGGUCACCAAAUCAAGAUCUGAAGAAUGUAACGACUCGGUCGGUGAAGAACUUGAAACAAGUCUUUCAUACUUUGUUGAUGUAAAGCCUAAGCUGUGGCUGCCUGUUCACUUAGUUGAAGGUAGACUCUGCAAAGAGAUACAGACUAAUCUCUCUUGCAUCCGGGAGCAAGCACAAAAGAUGACUCUCCAUACUCAAUAUGGACUCGAAUAAGAGCGAUUACUAUAUCAAAUUAGCAAACUUACAAACCAAAAUGUAAGACCUUUAGUAUUUUUUAAUAUAUACUCUUUGUUAAUUUUCACAAAUAAAUGUAACAAGGACAACACUGGACAAUCAAUACUCUGGUACUUGUUUUGCCGGCAGCAUUUACAUUCUGUUCAAGUAAAUCAGAUCUCUAUAAA